AUGUUUUGGGUUGAGCUGUCAACCUAUCAGAAGGAUCAUCCAGAGAAGACAGUGAAUGAGUCCGACAUAGUUUGGGAAAAUGUGGACGGCAUUUGGAAGCAGGGGGUUAACAUCACUACCGGACGUGCUGGCUACUAUCGCCGAGUUGAUGCACAGGAAAAGGAAGUGAACAUGGAAGUGGAGACUAUGAUUGAUGCACUGGACAAGAAGGAUGGCAAUGAGUUCUUUUGCUUGAUGGUCAGCGAGGUUGAGCUUCUUUCCGAUGCUGUUGAUCCACUACGUGCAUUUGUCUCCCACUUGGAGAAACAAGACUUCGUGAUUGACACUUCUUUGGGAUGCACUUUGAAGUCGCUGACAAUUGUGCUGAAGCCGAAAGCUCAUAUGCCAGAUGACAUCAAGACUGCCAUUGCAUCAUUGCAAACAAAAGCCGACUCAAUGGUUGCCAAUGCAGAUUCAGGCUUAGCUGCAGUGUUUCAAGGCCUGUCCCAAGGCAAAGCUCUAUUGAAACAAAGUCGGGACAUUGCUGAGAAGACUUCCAAGGACAUGGCGUUUCUUGACGAAGCAUCAAGCACUUUGCAAAAGCUUGAUGAAUUUCUCAAUGAUCAAUCUGACAGUGCAUUUGACUUUACUGCUGGCUUGACCUUGGCACAUACGACUGCAACAUCUUUGCAGGCCUUUGCAAAUGCGUUUGCACUAUCCAAAGAAGAUAUUGCUUCAGCGCAUGAAGCAAUGGAGCAAUUGAUGUUGAUCAGUGCGUCAGAGACGAACAAAUCAGAGGACAUGUGCACCAAGUUUGUAUCUCCGAUUCAAUGUGAAUAUGAACGCAUCAUUGGAUCUCGAAAAGGACAUUAUGACAAAGAUGGAUGCAAAAUGAUCAAUGACUUCAAUGGUUUGAUCAAGACAUUGCCCGAGCUGAAGGAUACUACAUUGGCGGAGCUCAAUCGUUUCAAGAAGACUCUUGAUCCGCUUGUGCAACGCAUUUCAAAGUUCUGCGACAGUUCACAGGGACUUAUCGUGUCUGUGCAGAAGGAUGUUGAGGCCUUUGGCAAAGGCAAAGGCGAAGCCACCGCCUACGCCUCCCAUACCUUCACGGAAGAGAAAGGUGUAUCACAUACACCUAUUGCCGUUGCAGCCGCCAAAGCUUUCACACUACCUCCUCCUCACCCUACCGAAUCAGCAGAUGACCAUUCCAGUGACAACUCGAGCUCAUCUGAUUCGCCAAGAGAUGAUGCUUCAGUUCCGAAAGCAGCGCCACCACAGCGUGAGUCUGAUACGGGGAUGACUCAUGCCAACAACGCUGAAGGAUCCGAGCCAAUCAUGAAACCUGCAGUAGAUGCCAAGACAAUGACCAAGACCUCUGUGGCAGAUAUUUUGGAGGAUGCCACAAAAGCUGGUACCAGCAGUGAUGAAGUGAUCCAGAACAAGCUCGAGUUUCUCAAUGACGCCGAGUUUGAUGGCUUGCUGGCAGAUGCAUGCGAUCAAGAGCUGGACAAGAGACUGAAGAGACUGGACUUCUGGGCACUCAUCCAUUGCAGUGAUUUGAAAGAGGGGGCUGGCGACAAUGAGAACUGGCUGCACAUGAGACGUGGCAUCGUGGAAUCAGCUGCCCAGGACGACUUUCUACUUCCCAAAACUGAUGAGCUCCUGAUGGAUGAGCUUGAACGACGGCUCAAGAACAAGUCUGACCGCGAGCGCCGCAAAGCAGAACAAAUCGAUCAAGAUGGUGAUGCUAGCUUGAACACCAAAGUGCCAACAGUCCUACCUUCGGGAACAGUGUGGGAUGACGAGCAAGGAUCUUGCUGGCAACGCGUUUCCUUCAACGAUUAUUGCAGCGCUUCAGAUAGCCAUGAUGUGUUCGCUGGAAUUCCCAACGUCAGAAGAAGAUGAGCUGUGUACAGACAUUGAGCAGCUGGUGACAAAAAUCAAAUCAAAUCACAUGUGACGCAUGUG